AUGCAGCCCCGUGAUUGGCCGGCCAGCCGCAACCUAAAGGCCACCUUCCAUCACCGCCUCUCUCGUCUUUCCCCCUCGGUGUGGUGUCCUCGAGACCUAGGUCGCUGCUACACUGUACCCCCGCUGGCCAUUGCUUAUGCUGAUUGUGGGGUUCUAGCGAAGCUGUUACCCGCGCAUCCCAAUAUCAACCUACCUCCCGCAUCCACCCCCUUCCCCUCCAACAGGGAAUUCCAUUCCGAUCACUAUCGACCACAGCACACCUCCAUGUCCGCUCCACAAGGGGGUUACCCUCCCCAGGAAGGGUAUGGCCAGCCGGCCUACGGCUCCCCCGAUCCCGCGCAGUCGCCCGUCCCCCCGCAGGGACAGCCGGUGCCCCAGGCCGGAGGGAGGAAGAAGAGAGCAUACGCCGGCGAGGCCUUUGAGUUCGGAUCUGGUGCCAAUGCUGGUCUCGGUGGACAGCCUACCGCUGGAGGGGCCUAUGGCGCAUACCCUCAGCCGGCGCAGCCUGUUGGAUAUCAGCAACCUACAUAUGGAGCUGACCCCGGUCAGAUGCAGCCGAUGCAGGCCCAGCCACCGGUAGGAGGAUAUGGCCAUCAGGCCUCUGGUAGCAUCUCGGGUAUGACCCAGCAGUUCGGCGCAAUGGGCAUGUCCGAGCCACACCAUGUUCUUCCCCCUCAGCAGCAGCCUGUCCAGCCCCAGCGCCAUGUUCAACUUAACCAGCUUUACCCUACGGACCUGAUUUCGCAACCCUUCAAUGUUGCCGAGCUCGAUUACCCCCCGCCUCCUAUUAUCCUACCUCAGGGUAGCAGUGUUUACCCCUCCCCCGAAGCCAAUUGCCCUACCAAAUACAUGCGGUCUACGCUGAACGCAGUCCCGACCAAUAAUUCGCUCUUGAAAAAGUCGAAGCUGCCAUUUGCGCUCGUGAUCCAGCCCUAUGGUUCCCUCCACGACGCCGAAGACCCAAUUCCUGUGAUUCCAGACCAGGUCAUCUCACGAUGCAGACGUUGUCGUUCCUAUAUCAACCCCUUUGUUACUUUCCUCGACCACGGACACCGCUGGCGCUGUAAUAUGUGCAACCUGACCAAUGAUGUGCCCCAGGCAUUCGAUUGGGACGCGACCCUGCAGAAGCCGGCUGAUCGGUCAUUGCGUGCGGACCUGAACCAUAGCAUGGUGGAAUUUAUCGCGCCCCAGGAAUAUAUGGUCCGACCACCCCAGCCGCUUGUCUACACAUUCUUGAUCGAUGUGAGCUAUUCAUCCGUGGUCAGCGGCCUCCUGGCCACUACCGCACGCUGCAUUAAGGAGAGUCUCGAUCGCAUCCCCAAUGCGGACCGCCGGACUCGACUGGGCUUUAUUGCCGUGGACUCUAGCCUGCACUAUUUCAGCAUCCCCCGGGAUAACUCGGAGAGCUCUGAGCCAAGGAUGCUUGUCAUCAGCGAUCUGGACGAGCCUUUCCUGCCGACUCCCAAUGAUCUCCUGGUAACCCUGAGCGAGAGCCGGGAAAACAUUGAGAGCUUCCUCGAUAAGCUGCAAGCGAUGUUCCAGGACACUCAGAACAACAGCUGUGCGAUGGGCUCCGCAUUGCAGGCCGGUUAUAAGCUGAUCUCUCCUGUCGGCGGUAAGAUGACUGUUCUCAGCGCGUCGCUCCCUAACAUUGGAACUGGGGCGCUCACCAUGCGUGAGGACAAGAAGGUCCUGGGAACAAGCAAGGAGUCGAACUUGUUGCAGACUGGUAAUGCCUUCUACAAAAGCUUUGCGGUCGAAUGCUCCAAGGCCCAGGUCUCUGUGGACAUGUUCCUCUUCUCCUCCCAAUAUCAGGACGUGGCAUCACUGAGUAACCUGCCACGCUACACUGGUGGCCAAACCUAUUUCUACCCCGGCUGGAAUGCCGCGCGCAAGGAAGAUGUUUUCAAAUUUGCCACCGAAUUUUCCGACUAUCUUUCUUCGGAGAUCGGCCUGGAGGCCGUUCUUCGGGUGCGUGCCACCACUGGUCUGCGCAUGAGCACGUUCUAUGGAAACUUCUUCAACCGUAGCUCCGAUCUUUGCGCCUUCCCGGCCUUCCCUCGCGACCAGGCUUACGUCGUGGAAGUGGCUAUCGAUGAGACCGUGGCCAAGCCGGUCGUUUGCUUGCAGGCUGCCGUCCUUCACACCACCUGCAAUGGUGAGCGACGGAUUCGCGUUCUGACGCUCGCCCUUCCGACCACCACCAACCUUGCCGAUAUCUAUGCCUCGGCUGAUCAGCAGGCCGUGGCUACUUUCUUCAGCCACAAGGCCGUUGAGCGUACCCUGAGCAGUGGUCUCGAGCCCGCUCGGGAAGCAUUGCAGGCAAAGAUUAUCGAGUUGUUGACGACUUAUCGCAAGGAGCUUGCCGGUGGCAGCGUUAGCGGCGGUGGUCUCCAAUUCCCAGCCAACCUUCGCGGCUUGCCAGUUCUGUUCUUGGCGAUGAUCAAAAAUCUUGGUCUGCGCAAGUCUGCACAGAUCCCGACGGACAUGCGGUCGGCCGCUCUGUGUCUUCUGUCCACUCUGCCCCUGCCUCUCCUCAUUCAGUACAUCUAUCCCAAGAUGUAUUCUCUGCACGACAUGCCCGAUGAUGCGGGUGUGCCGGACCCUCAGACCGGCGAGACCGUUCUGCCGCCGACCGUCAACCUGUCGUCGGGCCGCCUGGCCUCCUAUGGUCUGUACCUGAUUGAUGACGGACAGAACCAGUUCCUGUGGGUGGGACACCAGGCGGUGCCGCAGCUGAUCGAGGAUGUGUUUGGUGUGGCCGACAAGAGCCAGUUGCGGGUGGGCAAGCAGAUGCUGCCGGAGGUGGACAACGAGUUCAGUCAGCGGGUACGGGCGGUGAUCGAGAAGAGCCGCGACCACCGGUCUAAGGGCGUGGGUAGCAUGAUCGUGCCCCAUCUGUACGUGGUGCGCGAGGAUGGCGAGCCCGGGUUGCGUCUCUGGGCGCAAACGAUGCUGGUGGAGGACCGCGCGGACCAGAGUGUCAGCCUGGAGCAAUGGAUGACGACUCUGCGGGAGAAGGUCGUGCAGUGA